CCCCUUGCAUGUGCCCAGCUGGGGAUUCAGCCGUGUCCCGGCCAGGAGCCCUGCCGUGUGCCAGCCUGGUGGCACCGUGCCGCAGGGGUGGGGAUGGUGGUCUGGCCCUGCGGAGAGCCGGCAGCCAGGGUGACCUGCUUUCGGGCGGGGUGGGGGCUCUGCUGCAUCUCCUCCUAAAAACGCGCUGCAUGCCGAGCACAGAGCCCCUGGCAGGCCGGGCAGGGCAGCGGGCUGCGUGGGGACAGGGCUGUGCUGCCAGGGGGGACAGGGCUGCCUUGUUGGGGCUGCCAGGUGGGCUGUGCUGCCCUGUGCCUGUCCUUUGGGUGCUGUGCUGACCUGUGCCUGCUGUCCUUUGGGGACUGCCAGGGGCUGUGCUGCCCUGUGCCUGUCCCUUGGGGGCUGCGCUGCUUUGUGGCUGUCCCUUGGGUGCUGCUAGGUGGGCUCUGCUGCCUUGUCACAGCUGCCAGGUGGCUGCGCUGCCCUGUGGCCGUCCUUUGGGUGCUGGCAGUGGCUGUGCUACCCUGUGGCUGUCCUUUGGGUGCUUCAGGGGCACUGUGGCUGUGGCUGUCCCCGAGCCAGUGGCCAUGCUGGGGCCCUGCUCCGUGCAUGCCCUGCAGCAGCAGCAGCAGCAGCAGCAGUGCGCUGUCAGCAGCUCCACAGCCGAACCGAUUGCUCCUCUGAAGCACCGUCCCUCCUGCCGGGCUGCUUAUCCCCGAGGAGAGAGCCUGGGAAAGGAGGGUACAAAACCCGGUCAGGGCUGCUGUGGUUGUCCCCCCAGCCUGGGUGCAGCUUGACAGAGCGCUGGGGGGACACGGCCUGGAUGGUCCUUGGGGUUCUGGGGGUUCCUUCCCCCACCUCUGUUGUCCCCCAGGGCUGAGUGCCCAGCCAGUGGCAAAGUUUGGACCCACUUGGGUGCCCCUAGGUCCUGCCAGGCCGUGGUGUCCCUGCUUGGGGUGGUGACAGGUUUGCUGCUGGUAGCACCUCAUCCCUCUGUAGAGCCCUGAGGACACAGGAUAAGGCCAGGUCACCCACCUGCAGGCACACAGGGCCCCGUGGCAGGGAGGGCCACUCAGACAAUGAUUCCAUGCAGGGAUGCCCUCCAACCACUCCUGCUGGGACAGGCCAGCUCUGGGCUCUUCUCUCCCAUCCCUGAGAGGUUUUCUUGGAGGCAUCAAAGGUGGUGGCUGCCACGGGGCAGCAAGGCUGUGACACUGCCUUGGGACACUUCUUCCUGCCUGUGGUGCUGUGCCCAUGCACCAUCCCCAUGCACCAGCUGUGCCCAUCCCUGUAUCCCUGAGCCCCGUGGGAGCCCUCCCUGCUCUGGGGCUGGAUGUGGGGUGUCCCCAUGGCUGCCAGCACAGCCAGGAGCCAUCCCAGGGUUUGGCCAUACUGCUGUGCCCCCAGGAGCCUCAGGGUGCUGCUGGGUCCCACCUGGCAGUGGGAGCUGCUCGGCAGAGCUGUGCCUGCAGCUCGGGCGAGGCUCCUGUCCCUGGCUGCAGAGCCUGGCCCCUUUCCUGCCCUGCUUGCAGGCGGAGCGCAGCGGAGCAGCCCUGACAUGAGCCCAGCUUGGCCUCGGCAAGAAGGUUUGAGAGCAAAGAGCAGCAGCCCGAGGGGAGAGCACCCCCGAGACUGGGCAUGGAGGUCAUGGCCCCUGCCAUCAUCAAUGCCAUGAAUGGCUCCUCUGUGAAGCUCUCCUGCACCUUCAACUCCUGCUACAAGGUGGAGAACAAGCAGUUUUCCCUCAACUGGACGUACCAGGAGUGCAGUAACUGCUCGGAGGAGCUGUUCCUGCAGUUCCGCACCAAGAUCAUGAACAAGCAGCUGGACCGCUUCGGGAACCGCGUGGAGUUCACCGGCAACCCCGCCAAGUACGACGUGUCCUUCACCCUCAAAAACGUGCAGCUGGAGGACGAGGGCACCUACAACUGCUACGUGCUGAACCCCCCGGACCGGCACCGGGGCCACGGCAAGAUCAGCCUGAAGGUGCUCACCAAAGAGCCCCCGAAGCACGACUCGACGGUGGCCGUGAUCGUGGGCGCCUCCGUGGGCGGCUUCCUGGCCGUGGUGAUCCUGGUGCUGAUGGUGGUGAAGUGCGUGCGCCGGAAAAAGCAGCAGAGGCUCAACACGGACGACCAGAAGACAGAGGAGGAGGGGAAGACAGAUGGUGAAGGCAACCCGGACGAGGGCACCAAGUAAAGGCCCCCUGCCCGCCCCUCCCUCCUGUCCCCUGUACAGUGUCACCCUCUUGAUGUGCUUCCCAGAGCAAGGAUUUCUGUCUCCCCAGAGCAUCCCUCCUUCCAUGCAAACACCCAACCCAGCCUGGAGCAGGGCGCAGAGAGAAGGUCCCUGGAGCCUGGCUGUGCUGGGCAGGGCUGGGGAGGGGGGCUGAAGCCCCUGAGGCUGAGCUGGGACCAGCCUGUCCCCUGCUCUGAGUGCCAGCGUUGUGAGGAGGUGCUGGGGACAGGCUGGGGUGGGUGAGGGGGGCCCUGUGCAGCCCCCACUCAUGGAGGGACUGGAGCAGGGGGUGCCAGGAGGGACAGAGGGGUCUGGGCAGCCCCGUGCCCCAUUGUCUGCUCUGUGUCCCAGUAGAAAAUGUGAGCAGGGGCCAGCAGUCUGCCCUUGGGUCAGGACUCAUCCCCAGGUGCUCCUGCUGUGCCUGGGCCACUGGCACUGGUGUUCCCAUCCCGAGGGAUCCUGAGAGCUGCCAGUCUCCUCUUUGCCAGCUCGUGCUCCUCAGGGACUGUCCCAGGCUGCUCAGGAGUCAAGGCCAUGAGCCCACCCAGUGUCUUGGAGCUUUGCAGUGUUUUGGAACCAUGAACAGCCCUUGGUGUGUGAGGGAUGGACCCUUCUGCCUCUCGGGCUGGUUUGGGGUCUGAGCAUCUCAGCCCAAGGUGCUGGGCUGACCUUUUUGUGCUCGUUUCCUUCUUGGGAAGGGUGGUUGUAGUGGAAAAUGUCCUGCUGAUGUCAAACUGGGGUGGUGGGGAGUGCUGGGGUGAGGCUGCUCGGGACAAGGAGCUGCUGAAAGGGAGAGGAGCUUUUGGGCACUUGCUAGGAAGGACUGGGCACAACAGCAGGCCCAGAGUUAGGACAGCUCUGUCACCCUGGAGCAGCCCUGCGCUGCUGAGACGGCCUCCUGCAGCCUCCCUGCAGAGCACUGCACACUGUAACUGCCAUGGCAAUGCACUGCCAGCCUGCCCAGCCCCCUGUGCCACCUGCCUCGCCCGGCAGGUGAGCUCUGCUGGCUGCAGCACCGGGCCUUCAGGCAGGGAAUGACCCAGGGCAGUGUCCCCAGGCCUGAGCUUUUCUCCUCCCGUGGCUGCCAGGAGGGGGACAGUGCCCGGAACCACAGGGGACACUGCCCAGGGACAGGUGAUGGAGGUCCUGUCACCCACGAGCAGCACUGCCAGGGGAGAAGGGACACCUUUGCCACGUCCCUGUGUAGGUGCCACCCUGGCAGUGCCAUCAGGCCCCAGGGAUGGCGGGACAGCUGUGCCCUCCCCGCUCUGCCCCAUCGCUUCCCACCCCGGCCCCACAUGCCCGUCCAUCGCACUCGACCCCCUGGGCUCCACGCUGCUCCCCUCCCAUCCGCAGCAGGAAUGUGCCGUGUCCCACGCCUGCCUCCCUCCCCGGGCCCCGCUGCCCCGGAGGGCCGGGCUGUCCCCACCCCGCACAGUGCCAGCGGUGCCGCAGGGCUCCCGCGCCGCUUUCAGGGCUGUCCCCGGCUCCGGGGGGCUGAGCCAGCACCUCGGGGGCACGGAGGCCUCCGAGUGCCGCACACGACCAGUCUUGCAUCUGCCUUUCAUUUCUUCUCGUGCACUAUCCUUGGAUUGCAACUUGCCAAUGCAUCUGUCUGUACGUGGCUGUGGCCAGCAGAGCUGACAAAUACAGAUCUGUUCACUCGGGAGGGGCUGCUCUGCCUCGGGCGCCUUCCCCGGCCUUCUCUGGCCGAGCACUCUGCCGAGCGUGGGAUGUUUUUAUUGCUCUUUGUACAGUCAAACAAACAAAAGAACAACAAAACACCGA